AUGCAGUGCCUUCCAAUCACUAUUGAUGUUGGUACAAACAACGAGAAGCUACUGAAUGAUGAGUUUUACAUUGGACUGAGACAGAACAGGGCAACUGGCGAGGAAUAUGCUGAGUUUCUGCACGAGUUCAUGUGUGCUGUUAAACAGAACUAUGGAGAAAAGGUGUUGGUGCAGUUUGAAGAUUUUGCAAACCACCACGCGUUUGAGCUUCUCUCCAAGUACUGCUCCAGUCAUCUCGUUUUCAAUGAUGAUAUCCAAGGUACUGCAUCCGUGGUGCUGGCUGGGCUUAUUGCGGCUCAGAAAGUGCUUGGUAAAAGCUUAUCUGACCAUACCUUCUUGUUCUUGGGUGCCGGAGAGGCUGGAACUGGAAUAGCUGAGCUAAUUGCUCUUAAGAUUUCCAAAGAGACUGGAACACCAAUCGAUGAGUCCAGGAAGAAGAUUUGGCUUGUGGACUCCAAGGGACUGAUUGUUAGCUCACGCGCGGAGUCGCUUCAGCAUUUCAAGAAGCCAUGGGCGCAUGACCACGAGCCUGUCAAGGAGCUCCUGGGAGCUGUUAAUGCAAUCAAGCCAACAGUGCUCAUUGGAACCUCUGGUGUGGGGAAGACUUUCACAAAGGAAGUAGUUGAGGCCAUGGCCACCUUCAACGAGACACCCUUGAUUCUUGCUCUCUCAAACCCAACUUCUCAAGCCGAGUGCACCGCUGAACAAGCUUACACAUGGACCAAUGGUCGUGCAAUCUUUGGAAGUGGAAGCCCGUUUGACCCUGUUGAGUAUGAAGGCAAAACAUUCUUGCCUGGCCAGGCCAACAACUGCUACAUUUUCCCAGGUCUAGGUCUUGGUUUGAUCAUGUCCGGUGCCAUUCGUGUCCGUGAUGACAUGCUUCUAGCAGCUUCGGAAGCUCUGGCCUCGCAAGUGACUGAAGAGGAUUUCGCCAAGGGAUUGAUCUACCCACCUUUUACAAACAUCAGACAGAUCUCUGCUAACAUUGCAGCCAGUGUGGCAGCCAAAACUUAUGAACUUGGAUUGGCAUCGAACCUGCCUCGUCCCAAGGACCUGGUCAAGAUGGCAGAGAGCUGCAUGUACAGCCCUGUCUACAGAAACUUCCGUUAAAGAUUCUUUUGCACCAUUUUGUCUCCCUCCCAGCUUUUCUUUUUUACUUUUUGCUUCUUCGGUUUUGCUGCUAUAAUGGACAACUUCUCUCCUGUUUUAUCGCUUUUAAAUAUUAAUUCCAACUUUAAGUACUGAGACAUAACAUUUUUCUGUUUUAUGAAUAGUAUAAUAUCCAUUAUUCAUUUUGUCGUAUGCCUUGUGUUAGGGCCAUGUUCAAUAUUUUGGUUAGGUGAUUAUCUUGCACUAUG